CUGAACAAAUCACAGAACACAAGAUGAAUCCCAAGGGUGAAAUUCUCAUUGCUGCAGUGCUUUUCUUUCUGCUGGCCUGUGUGGAAUGUCAACUGACAUUCUCGCCAGAUUGGGGCAAGCGUUCAGUCGGCGGUGCCAAUGGUGUGGCUGGUGGUGUCUUCUUCGAAUCUGGUAAUUGCAAGACCUCCAAUGAAAUGCUGCUCGAGAUCUUUCGCUAUGUGCAAUCGCAGUCGCAACUAUUUCUGGACUGCAAGCAUCGGGAAUAGGUCGCUUCAAGCUGGCCAGACUGCGUUUAGAGCAAAGCACACGCCUGUUUCUCUCACAUAUAUACAUAUAUACUAUUAACUAAUCGAAACUAUCUAUGCAAGUUUAUUGUACGAGUACACGAGGUAGUCGUAGUCGGCAUUUAGAUUUAGAGCACUUUAAUGUAUUUCUCGGUGUGCCUCACUGAAAGCCCUUAAGAAUAAAUAAGCGCAUCAAA